AUUUGCUAGGUUUACUCACGUUGCCUUCCUGUGAUUGAUUGUAUCAGUGAAACAUUACCAGUUCCUCUGGCAGGCCGAUUCGAUAAUCUCUUAGCCUAAGCCUGUAACUCUCCACUCAUUCCUCCUAACUGCCUAACCAUGAAUGACAGGACAAGGACAAGGGAGUAACUGAUAGUAUAUCGACCACCAUGUCUGUCCCUCAGCCUCUGCCGAACCAGAUCCUCCAAAACCACCAGCGUCGGCCUUCCUUAACAGCCUACUCCGAGACUUCCCGUGCCUCAUCUGAUCUGUCUAUACUUCAGCAGUCCAUUCCCUCCCUCCCAGACCAAUCCCAAUCCCUUGACUCAGCUCAAGCCUUACCGGGUUCGAGAAACACGAAGAAGCUUGUUAUCGACAGCUCCGCCGUGGUAUCGCCCGUCCGGUCUAUUCGCCGCAAGCCGCUGUCAUCAACCGCGUCGUCAAUUGCUACUAGGUACUCUUCUGGAGAGUAUCUUGCUUUUGCAAAGGGGCCGCCCGGUCCAGACCACAGAUUUUCUCGUUCCUUUUCGGUUGAUAGUCCUACUGUUUACGAGUUUCCUCGCCCUCCAACCGGUUCAUUAGACAAGCCAGGAUUGGAAUCGCCCCACGAUUUCAUAUUGAUUCAGAGCAACGUAGAGAAACCUCCCGAGGCUCGUCAUCCAUUAGCUUCCGUCGACUCCAGCCCGGCUGUGACGGCGGGUGAAGUCGAACGUCCAACUUCUCAGGGUAGUAACCCUGACGCUUCUCAAACAAGUCACACCACCGACUUGUCGCAACAUCACGAACCGGCCGCCUAUGACGAUUUAUUUAGUGACGAAGAGGAGGAUCGGUUAAGUGACAAUAUUCUCGACGGAUAUAAAUCGGAUUCGUCGGAUUAUAAUAAUAGUCGUAAUUCUUAUCACUCUAGUACUAUGUCAUUGCAUAUCACCCGGAAAGCAACACCCCCACAGUUGAGGAUCAACCCGGAUGAUAUAUCGUCGACUCCAAAAGCCGAUAGAAACGACAUAAAGACUCCUAAUACCGAUAAACCUCUACCGAAGUCACCAGGCUCGUCAAAGCUAGGGACGUUCUUUGGCUGGACUACUUCUUCGCCUUCGAACACAGAAACGUCAGACAAAGGAUAUUCGCCUAUUCCUUCACCCUUUAACUUUUCAAAGGCGACCAGCGUUACCGAUGCAUCCCCAGUUACAACAGUCGGACCACAAUCACUACUGGAUGCCCCCAAGGGAUUAUUUGCAUCUCCAAACUCAAGGGAAUACGGCGAAUCUUACCUGUCGCCAUCAGCCGCUACUAUAUCGCCACAAUACCUAAUCGAAGAAAUGGAGGAAGAAUUAAAGGCCAUCUCGGCCGAAUUGGCAGCGUCCAUUCGGCGCGAGAUGGACCUGGAAGACUUAGUAGACAGAUUGCAAGCAGAGAGGGACAACCCCACGACGAAUGCAAACAAGAGGACCAGCGACUACUUCUCCGAUUCGGGAUAUAGCUCUGCUAAGCUAAGCGAGUAUGAUCAGUCGCGAGAAGAGAUAGAGAAGAUUCAAAGAAGAUCAGAGCAGGAGAAAGCACAGAUUAGGCUCGAGUUGACUAAUAAACUUCAGGAUGAGAGGUCCAGGAGACAACAGCUUGACGUACAGAUCAAGGAGCUGUCGGAAAGGGCGUCUCAGAUUGACCUUGCCAAAGCCGACAACGCGGACACAUCCGGACGUGUUAAGGAGUUAGAAAAUACUUGUGAAACUUUGCGGCGUAAGCUCACCGAAGAGCGACAAGUCAAAGAUAACUUUGAAGAUUUGCUCGCAGCGCUCAAGAACGAGCUCGAGAAUGCCUCGAACCAACGUGACAACCUUCGCGACGAGGUUGUGCCUCAACUCCGAGCACGUGUAGAGGGUCUCGAAUCACAGGCGGCAGAGCUCGAGAAGAUGGCGUAUGAAUCCACGAAGAUGCAGCAAGAGCUUCAGGCUCUGAAGAACGAGAACACGUCCUUGAAACAAACGCAGCCCAACCCCAUGGGCACCAUCUCCGAAGAACCAAUACUUGCCGGAUCUCGACUAUCCCGGUCCAACUCGUUGACCGGUCCCUCACCGUCCUUUAGGCUUCAAAGAGCACCCCCCGGUCUGACAAGGUCCAAGUCAGUCAAGACAACCGAAUCUCGGGAUCAGCUCUCGGAGCGACUUAAGGACGUCGAAGAGCAGCGAAAUGCUUUACAUAAAGCCCUAAAGAAUCUACUGGAUAGACAAGAAUAUCAGAACAGGGAAAACGAAAAGAAGAUCCGCGCCCUCGAGAUGGAGCGUGACCGUCUUUUAACUGAGUCGCCACAGAAAGCUGGUUUCCAGAAGGAAAUAGCUAACCUCAGAGCCGAGAUUACCCUCUUACGACGACGAGCCGACGAGGCCCUGGAACAAAAAUGGCAAGUGGAGAAGGGUCUCGGCGGUCUUAAGAUGGAUCUUGAUCGAGCCGAACAGGAGAUAGCAUCUCUUAGGAGCUUGCUUAGUGAGAAAGACAUUCUAAUUCCACCAUCUCUCGCACGUCAGAGCAGUGCAAGCGACAAAUUCGCGGCACCCGUAACUUCAGAUUCCCUAGCCCAGGCUUAUGAAGAUCUCCAGAAGGCAUAUGCCGAUUCUCUUGAGCGCAUCAAGAAGCUCGAGGCUAUCAGCUCGCCAAACGAGAUAACCAGGAUUGCGAUGGAAAAGCUUGAGCAGGCACUGACGUCUACAACCUUUGAGCGCGACAUUGCACGCCAAGAGGCAACGUCGUACCAGGAGCAGCUCGAGGCUCUCAAGGCGGGCGAAAAAGCCUACCUCGAAUCUGAAAAAGCACUAGCCGACGAACUAAGCGAGUCAGCUCGUCGUGUUGAAGAGCUAGCUAUCCAGGUCCGCCAGCAGCUAGCUAUCAACCAGACUCUACGUCAGAGAAUCUCGGAUACGGUAGCUCGUGGCGAAGCCGAGCAGAAGGCCAACAAGGACCGUAUCACCGCAAUGCAAGCGCACCUCAGGAGCCUCGAGGAGAAAUUAGAGGCCGCGCAAAAUCUCUCGGAGGAGCGAGCCGCGCGGUACGAGGAAGAUAUAGCUAACCUCAGGGCCAGCCACAACGACCAGCUAAAACGUAUGCGUGACGGCUUACGUUCUCCCCGGAUGUUUCCGGCAAAGUCUCCCCUAUCCCCUCUUUUCUCGGGCCCGAAUGCUCGAUCUCCUCGUCUCGCCGCGCGCCCCGGCUCGGCUGUCAAGGUAUCCGACGAUGCCCAGAUCGACAACCUCCGCGCCCGCAUCGCCGAGCUCGAGAAUGCUCUCAGCGAUGCUGACAGCGAGAUGCAGCAGGUCGUCAGCCGUAUGAACACUGCUCAGAUCCAAGUCAUGGAGCUGCAGGAAGAGCGCGAAGCAGCCGUCAGCCAGACGCGAAAGCUGGAGAAGGAGCUCCAAGCUGAAAAGAUGAAGGCCUUCGAGGGGCGAUUUAAGAGCCUGCAGUCGUGAGGGCCAUUACUGGCUUAUGAUGACCCUUAGUCUGACCGGUGUAUAUCCUCACAACAUCACGAUUCCAUGAAAGUCAAAUCAACAUGGGCGACACGCCUAUAUAUGGGUACCUACCUAACUAAACCUUGUUUUUAUUUUCCUUCCGUUUUGGCAUUUACAGGAAUCAGGCAUCCUACUACGCAUUGGGUACGGGCAGCGCGCUCUCACCUGGAUUCAGCAUGCGGCGUUUUGUAUUAAAGCAACGACAGCAUUGCAUCGUCACCUUGGUUUACUGUUCAUAUCCCCCCAUUUGUAACUUUUUUUUUGGAGCGGUCGAAAUCUGACCCAUCUCCUUUACUUUUGUAUAAUACUCGAAAAAAAACUUUGGCAAUGUCCAGAGACACUCGAGGAAUUGUAUAGCUUAAUGUUUUAAACCUAGUAGUUACCCUUCUAAACCUGUAUAUAUGUACCUAUACAUAUAUCUACGCGGUCGCCUACGGAAAAGUCAUGCAGAAAGAAAGAAAGAGAGAGAGAGAGACAACACUGGCAUCUAAAGAAAAAGGUGCUACGUUAGGCUAGGUUAGAUAGCUAAUAUUGUAACUAUCGGGUAUGGCCAACCCGGAAUUAGUUGAUAAUUGAAAGAAGAACAAAACAAACAAUUGCUAUAAACUGCCCUUCGGAAUUCUUAUAUCUCC